CAACAUCACUCGAAGAGUGUUCGCCAGACAGUGAACAGGUUUACGUAUACAAGGAAACAGUAUUGGGAUAGACUUGUGAAAGUUGCUCUUUAAUCAACCAUAAUCGUCGAUCAACUGUUACAUUAAUUCGUCGAAUUUCAAUAAGCUUUGAAGAAAAAUGCUGCGUCCACUGCUGGCAGCAGCCCUCGUGACACUGGCAUGGGGAAUACCGACGGCCCAAGAAGGCAACGAGGCUGACACAGAAAAACAAUAUCUGGAGAAAGCUAGAGAAUUUUUGAGUAAAAUCGACAAGCAGUAUGCAGAAUGGAACAACAAGCAAACGCUAGCUGACUGGGAGUAUGCAGCGAAUUUAACUCCAGACAAUUUAGCAAAUAAAUUAAACGUGUCCUCAGAAGCGGCACGGUACUUCAAAUCCGCGUGGGAGGAAGUGAAUCAAUUCCCUUGGAGAGACAUUAAGGAUGAAAACAUCAAGAGACAGUUUUCGAUGCUCAGUGUUCUGGGCCCCGCAGCACUUCCUGAAAAUUAUUAUAACGAAUACGAAAAAAUUAUAAGUGACAUGGAGAAUAUCUACAGCACUGCCAAAAUCUGUGACUAUAAGAAUCAAAGUAAAUGCGAUCUUGCUUUGGAACCGGAAAUCACAGAGCUUCUAAUGAAGAGCCGUGAUCCUGAAGAACUGAAAUACAUCUGGUCCCAAUGGAGGAAAGCAACUGGUGAAAAAAUGAAAUCUUUAUAUACGAAAUAUGUUGAACUGAGUAACAUGGCUGCCACGUUAAAUAAUUAUUCCGAUAACGCGGCUUAUUGGAUGAAAGAUUACGAGGCUGAUGACUUCCCUGAGCAAAUUGAGGCACUAUGGCAGCAACUGAAACCUCUCUAUUUACAAUUGCACGCAUACGUUCGCCGUGAACUUCGAAAAAAAUAUGGUGAGAACAUCGUUUCAAAGGAUGGUCCCAUCCCAGCACACCUAUUGGGCAAUAUGUGGGCACAAAGUUGGAGCAACAUCGCAGAUUUUACAAUUCCAUAUCCGGGAAAACAACUGCCAGAUGUUACUGGUGCCAUGAUUAAGCAAGGAUACAAUGCAACAACUAUAUUCCGCGUUGCCGAGGAUUUCUUUACCUCGAUCAAUCUCACCGCGAUGCCAGAUCUGUUCUGGGAGAGAUCGAUAUUGGAAAAACCAAUGGAUCGCGAACUAAUUUGUCACGCGAGCGCCUGGGACUUCUAUGACGGCAAAGACUUUAGAAUUAAACAAUGCACCAGGGUCAACAUGGAAGAUCUGUUAACCGUACAUCAUGAAAUGGGUCACGUGGAAUAUUAUCUGCAAUACAAGAAUCAGCCCACUGUUUUUAAGGAAGGUGCAAAUCCUGGAUUUCAUGAAGCUGUCGGUGAUGUCAUAGCCCUUAGUGCAUCCACGCCGAGCCACCUGAAAACCAUUAAAUUAUUAGAUGAUGAUUCAACUGACAUGGAGGCCAAUAUUAAUCAUCUAUACUUGAAAGGUCUUGACAAAAUCGUUUUCCUACCAUUUGCAUACAUGGUGGAUAAAUGGCGCUGGAACGUAUUCCAGGGACAAGUUACACCAGAUAAUUAUAAUUGUAACUGGUGGGAUCUCGUCGAAGCUUUUCAAGGUAUUGAACCGCCAGUAGAUCGAUCAGAAGAUGACUUUGAUCCUGGCGCAAAAUAUCAUAUAGUAGCAAAUGUUGAAUAUAUUAGAUAUUACGUAAGCUUUAUAAUACAAUUCCAAUUCCACAAAGCACUGUGUACAGAAGCAAAACAAUAUGAUCCACAAAAUCCAAAUUCAAAGCCACUUCAUCAAUGUGAUAUUUAUAACAAUAAAGCAGCAGGAAACUUAUUAAAAUCUAUGUUGGAGCUAGGUUCUUCUAAACCUUGGCAAGAUGCAAUGGAAAAAAUUACAGGCCAAAGAAACAUGAACUCUACUGGGCUGUUAGAGUACUUUAAGCCAUUAACUGAUUGGCUCAGAGAAGAAAAUAAGAAAACUAAUGAAUAUAUUGGAUGGAAACCUCGAACAAGACAAUGUGUACAAACCAGAUCAGAACUCGUCACUGUUGAAACAACUGAAGCAAACGAGUAAAAACCACAUUAUUUUGAAUAACACUACGUCAAGAAACCUAAACACUUAUUCAUUUUAACAGAGAGAUACAUCAAGAAAUGAUUUAUGACAUCAUGUUUUACACAAUAAACAAGAAAAAUAUAUA